AUGGCUAGUCCAGGAAAAGAUAACUACAGGAUGAAAAAUUAUAAGAAUAAAGCAUUAAAUCCCCAAGAGAUGCGUAGACGAAGAGAAGAGGAAGGAAUACAGCUUCGAAAACAAAAAAGAGAAGAACAGUUGUUCAAACGCAGGAAUGUCUCUCUGCCGAGAAAUGAUGAAUCUAUGCUAGAAAGCCCUAUCCAGGAUCCAGAUAUCAGUUCUACUGUACCCAUUCCAGAGGAAGAAGUUAUUACCACAGAUAUGGUUCAGAUGAUUUUUUCUAAUAAUGUUCAUCAACAGCUAACAGCAACACAGAAAUUUAGAAAACUACUCUCUAAAGAACCUAAUCCACCAAUAGAUCAAGUUAUACAGAAACCAGGAGUUGUACAGAGAUUUGUGAAAUUUCUUGAAAGAAAUGAAAAUUGCACUUUACAAUUUGAAGCUGCAUGGGCAUUAACUAAUAUAGCUUCUGGAACUUUUCUACAUACCAAAGUAGUGAUUGAAACUGGGGCUGUUCCAAUUUUUAUCAAACUCCUUAAGUCAGAACAUGAAGAUGUUCAGGAACAGGCUGUUUGGGCACUUGGUAAUAUUGCUGGUGACAAUGCAGAAUGCAGAGACUUUGUUUUGAACUGUGAAAUACUUCCACCACUCUUAGAGUAAGUCCUUUAUCACAAUUAACUUAAUACUUAUUUUAGAAAUGCUAUAUGGAUUCUUACUAAUUUAACAAGAGAAAAAAAUCUAAACUAUUGCUUCUCUCUUCCCUUCCAGGUUUCACCUUGCUUAAAUGUCCUGUCACGACUGUUGUUUAGCAGUGAUCCAGAUGUGUUAGCAGAUGUUUGUUGGGCCCUUUCUUAUCUCUCUGAUGGACCCAAUGAUAAAAUUCAAGUAGUCAUUGACUCUGGAGUCUGUCGAAGACUGGUGGAACUUUUGAUGCACAGUGAUUACAAAGUGGUGUCACCUGCAUUAAGAGCAGUUGGUAAUAUUGUGACUGGUGAUGAUAUUCAAACACAGGUAAUUUUGAAUUGCUCUGCACUACCCUGUCUGUUACACUUACUGAGCAGCCCAAAGGAGUCAAUUAGAAAAGAAGCCUGUUGGACUGUUUCUAACAUAACUGCUGGAAAUAGAGCUCAGAUUCAGGCUGUUAUAGAUGCAAAUAUUUUUCCUGUUUUGAUUGAGAUUCUUCAGAAAGCAGAGUUUCGAACCAGAAAAGAAGCAGCAUGGGCUAUAACUAAUGCAACGUCAGGAGGCACGCCAGAACAAAUAAGGUAUUUGGUAGCCUUAGGCUGCAUUAAACCACUGUGUGACCUUUUAACUGUUAUGGACUCCAAAAUAGUCCAAGUGGCUUUAAAUGGACUUGAAAAUAUUUUACGCCUGGGAGAACAAGAAUCUAAGCAAAAUGGAAUAAGCAUUAAUCCCUACUGUGCUCUCAUUGAAGAAGCAUAUGGUCUGGAUAAAAUUGAAUUUCUACAAAGCCAUGAAAAUCAGGAAAUUUACCAAAAGGCUUUUGAUCUAAUCGAACAUUACUUUGGUGUAGAAGAUGACGACCCCAGCAUUGUGCCUCAGGUGGAUGAAAACCAACAACAGUUUGUAUUUCAUCAGCAGGAAGCGCCCAUGGAAGGGUUUCAACUUUAA